AUGUUUCGCAAACACCCCACGACGAUCGAACCUAAUUAUGUCGCUGGAACAGGCAUGACAUCUCUGGGAGAAGAAAACUCAGUUGAAUGCAAGUACAUGGGUCCGAUCUCGGCGGCUAUGCUCGGACGCAUAGCGCCCUUGCGGCUGCGUUCCAUGUUGAAGUUCAUCGGCAAAAAUACUCAGAAAGAGCCCACGAUAACGGUGAUCGGCGUGUUAGGCGAACGCGCCUCGCUUCCGUGCAACAUCCAGCCGAAUUCGACGGAGGACGAAGUGUCGUUAGUGCUCUGGUAUAGAGAUGAUUCGACGACUCCGAUUUAUUCAGCAGACGCUCGGAAAACUACACUCCACAAAGCUCAUCAUGCGCCCAUCGACUGGCUCGCUCAGCGAGCUCACCUCAAAACAGACACGAGCCCUUCGGUUCUGCAACUCGCUCCCGUCCAGGAGGGCGACGAAGGUUUCUACCGCUGCCGUGUCGACUUCAAGAAGGAGCGAACUCGGAACUACCAGGUUCACCUGAAGGUCAUUCUACCGCCGAACGAACCUAUAAUCACGGACCAAAACCGAAACAUUCUGCCGUCGAAGAGCGUCAUCGGGCCCUACAACGAAGGGGAAAAACUGAUUCUGAAUUGUCAAGUUGAAGGAGGCAAUCCGCCGCCCGUCGUAACAUGGUGGCGGGAAUCGUUCCUACUGGACAAUCAAUACAACGUAUCGAACGGAAUCUCGAAAAACGUUCUCGAGAUACCUGCCCUCACCCGCAACGAUCUGAUGGCGACGCUCACCUGUACUGCUUCGAACAACAACAUUUCAUAUCCGGUCUCGUCAAGCGUAAUCAUUGACUUGAAUUUCCGUCCGUUAUCGGUGUGGAUCGAAGGCGAGCAGCAGUCGUUGUCUGCCGGAAAAAGCGUCACGUUGGAAUGCACGGCUUCGGGGUCGCGACCGCCAGCCGUAAUCGAAUGGUGGAAGGGAGGAACGCGAAUGAAUUCAACAUCUCACAACGGAACGAGUACAUUGACAUUCGUUCCGUCGGCGGAGGAUUCCAGCAAACACCUGUCGUGUCGUGCCGAGAACCCUCUCAUUGCCAAUAGCCGCAUCGAAGACGGCUGGAAACUCGAAGUGCAUUAUAAUCCGAUCCUAAGUCUGCGUCUUGGAAGUAAACUUCGACACCAGCACAUCCAGGAAGGGAACGAUGUUUUCUUCGAAUGCGACAUCCGAGCUAAUCCUUGGGUCAACGACAUCGGUUGGAGAUUCGACGGACGAGAAGUGCAAACGAACUUGUCAGCUGGCGUUAUCAUCAGCGGACAAAGCCUCGUCCUGCAGAAAGUGGAUCGCCACAGCAGAGGCCGGUACACGUGUCACGCAACCAAUGGCCAAGGCCCCGGCGAGAGUAACGCUGUGACGCUCAAAGUCAGAUAUGCUCCGGUCUGCAAACCAGAUCAAAAGAUGACGUACGGUGCUGCCCGGAACGAAGUGGUGAAGAUUUCCUGCGAGCUCGACAGCGACCCCGCGGAAAUCUCUUUCAAGUGGAGAUUCAAUAACAGCAAGGAAGUUAUUUCGGGCGCGAACGUCCAUAGUGAAGGAACGAAGUCCUGGCUCGCGGUAGUGCCGCACGCGGAGGAAGACUACGGCCCAAUCAUCUGCUGGGGGAAAAACUCAAUUGGCUUGCAGCGAGAGCCCUGCAUUUUUCAGCUCAUUCCUGCAGGCCCUCCGGAACCAGUGCAGAACUGCACCGUAAUCAACCAGACGGAGGAAUCGUUGACCGUGGCCUGCAUCGAAGGCUAUGAUGGAGGCAUCGAGCAGACGUUCCAUAUGGAGCUGCAUGAAGCCGAACAGCGGACCCUGAGAGGCAAUUACACGUCCUCGACGCAUGCGGUGAUGCAGGCCGUCAACCUGAUGCCUGCCACAGCGUACGUGGUCGCCAUAUAUUCUUCGAACGCGCGCGGUCAGAGUCAACCCACUGUCAUCGUGGCUCACACCAUACCGUCGCCCAUCUCGCUUACUCGGAGAGGAAUGUGGCACAUCUCUCUCAGCCCGCUAAUACUGUUGUUGAUCUUCGUCGUCACCGGAAUCAUCCUGGUUGCUUUCACGAUAAUUCUCAUCAUGAAGAUUAGAACUCGCCAGGUCAUCAAAAACUCUCAACAACGCGCCCUGGUCGCCGAUGAGAAACCGCAGAUGCCACCGAUGCACGACGAGAGCGACGUCACGGAGCUCGCUCGCUUCGACGACGACGACGACGACGAGGACAAAGGGCCCGAUGUUAUUCCGCCGGAGGCAUUGCCGGCGCGCGUGGAUCCUCGCUUUGAUACGGGGUACGUUCCUCGAGGAGGAACGCUCAAAAGAGGUGCUUGGGAUACGCCGGUCGUCGCCAUGACGAACGAAACCAUGUUAGGAGGACCGUCUUCCUCGCACGUAUUCCAGCAUAUGGCCACACUGCCGAGACACGACCUGCAGUUGAGUCUGCAGAAUCAGGUAACUGCUCGCACGUUCCCCCGAGCGCGGAUGGAUAAUCUCGUCCUGAUAGGAACCGACACCGAACCGGCCGGGAACUCCUAA